AGCUGCCGGAUAAACCCCGCCCCUCGCUCCCCUACCUCUGCGGUUUCCGAGAGCGCCGCUGCGGCGACUUGGGGAGAGCUGGGGGUCCGGCGCUCGGCAUGUCAUCUUCUGUGAAGGCACUGGGUCCGGCCAGGCCCUUGGGUGCUGGCCUGGCCCCGAUGACCUGCUGCUGCUCCCCGGCGACCCUGCAGAGGUGGCUGCCCAUCCUGGCCUGGCUGCCCCGCUAUUCCCUGCAGUGGCUGAAGAUGGACUUCAUCGCUGGACUCUCAGUGGGGCUCACAGUCAUUCCCCAGGCCCUGGCCUAUGCUGAGGUGGCCGGACUCCCUCCCCAGUACGGCCUUUACUCUGCCUUCAUGGGGUGCUUUGUGUAUUUCUUCCUGGGCACGUCCCGGGAUGUGACUCUGGGCCCCACAGCCAUCAUGUCCCUCCUGGUGUCCUCCUACACCUUCCACGAGCCUGCCUAUGCCGUGCUGCUGGCCUUCCUGUCGGGCUGCAUCCAGUUAGCCAUGGGCUUCCUGUGCUUGGGGUUCCUGCUGGACUUCAUCUCCUGCCCCGUCAUCAGAGGUUUCACCUCCGCUGCUGCCAUCACCAUCAGCUUUGGGCAGAUCAAGAACCUGCUGGGACUCCAAAACAUCCCCAGGCAGUUUUUCCUGCAAGUGUAUCACACCUUCCGCAAUAUUGGAGAGACCAGGGCGGGCGACGCCGUGCUGGGGCUGGUCUGCAUGCUGCUGCUGCUGCUGCUGAAACUGGUGAGGGACCAUGGGCCUCGCGUGCACCCCGAGAUGUCCCCCGGCAUGCGGCUCAGCCACGGGCUGCUUUGGACCGCCACCACAGCUCGCAAUGCCCUGGUGGUCUCCUUUGCUGCCCUGGUCGCGUACUCCUUCGAAGUGACUGGAUACCAACCUUUUGUUCUAACUGGAAAGAUAGUCAAGGGGCUCCCUCCAAUCCAGGCCCCUCCCUUCUCAGUGACCACUGCCAACGGGACCAUUUCCUUCACCGAGAUGGUACAGGACAUGGGGGCCGGGCUGGCUGUGGUGCCCCUGAUGGGUCUCCUGGAGAGCAUUGCGGUCGCCAAAUCUUUUGCGUCUCAAAAUAAUUACCGCAUCAAUGCCAACCAGGAGCUGCUGGCCAUCGGCCUGACCAACGUGCUGGGCUCCCUCUUCUCUUCCUACCCGGUCACCGGCAGCUUUGGACGGACGGCCGUGAAUGCCCAGUCGGGGGUGUGCACCCCAGCGGGGGGCCUGCUGACGGGGGUCCUGGUGCUGCUGUCGCUGGACUACCUGACCUCGCUCUUCUACUACAUCCCCAAGGCCGCCCUGGCGGCAGUCAUCAUCACGGCCGUGAUCCCGCUGUUCGACACCAAGAUCGUCAGGACGCUCUGGCGCGUGAAGAGGCUGGACUUACUGCCACUCUGCGUGACGUUCCUGCUGUGCUUCUGGGAGGUCCAGUAUGGCAUCCUGGCUGGGACCCUGGUGUCCGUGCUGAUUCUCCUGCACUCCGCGGCCAGACCCAGUGUGCAGGUGUCCGAGGGGCCAGUGCUGGUCCUGCAGCCAGCCAGCGGCCUACACUUCCCCGCAGUUGAGACCCUCCGGGAGGCGAUUCUGAACCAGGCUCUGGGAGCGUUCCCCCCGCGCUGCGCGGUCCUGGAGUGCAGCCACGUCUGCAGCAUCGACUACACGGUGGUGCUGGGGCUCGGGGAGCUCCUGGAAGACUUCCAGAAGCAGGGCGUCACCCUCGCCUUCGUCGGCCUGCAGGUCCCUGUUCUCCGCGUCCUGCUGUCUGCUGACCUGAAGGGCGUGCAGUACUUCUCCACCCUGGAGGAAGCAGAGAAAUACCUGAGUCCGGAGCCGGGGCCCCCGCCCUACAACGUCAGGGACGAUUCUGUCCCCGAACAUAAGGUCGCCCUGUUGAAGGCCUGACUGGGCCACCGGUGGGCACAUGGUGUUGGGACUGUGUCACAGAAGGUCCUUGUCACUGUGAAGCCGGAUGCCACCUUGUAAAUUCGCUGGCCUGAGGGUCUGAGAAAGGCGGAGCAGGUGACCCUGGGGAGGGAGGAGGAAACCGGGCACCGAGACCCACAGGUGGGCCUCCCUGGCUUCCUUCGGGGUGACUGAAAAGUUGCCUCCCUACUAUUCUGGGGCACAAGACCUCUUCUUAAGAAUGGCUUGGAGAGAGGUUUCUAGAAUGACAGACUAUGGGAGAAAGGAAGGAGAAGGGACUUCAACCUGGUCUGGAGCCAGGGGGUGGAGGGGGUGAGGGAGGUAGGGAGGUGUGGGGUGGGGUCCUCGCAGCCCAGCACCUUCCUGGAUUAUGGGGCGGGGCUCGCAGAGGUGGGUUCCAAUCCUGAUGGCGGCAUCUGUGCUGUUGUGGGAAGAAAACCAAGGUGUGCCAAACGACUCAGUGUCUGCUAAAAAUGAUUUUGUUGUUUGUGUUUUGUAAACUAAGAAAGGCAUAGCUUUGUUGUUUCUGUAAAAGUCAGAAGUGACUUAUUGUAAAAACUGCAGGAGACUAUCUCCCGGGGCCAUCUGGGUGUGUGUUGCCUCCAGACCCCUCCCUGCAGUACGUGUAUGUGCCCGUAUGUUAGCAUGUGGUGUGUGUUCAGUCUCAUGUAACUGGGAUCACGUCAUCCAUGGUGCUCUGUAACGCGCAUUUCCAUGCAGUCAUUACUGUGAAUUACUUAUUGUGAUAAUAAAUAGAGAAGACAUGA